AUGCCCCGUGUUACUCCUCUUUUUGCUGGGCUCAUGCUCAUUGUCACGUCUGCGACGUCGAUCCCGUUCUACGUUCAGGAACAGUGUUCUUGCCAACCCACCAGCGUCGAGGGAAUCGUCAACGCCUCUGCCUUCACAGAAUGUCAGCGCGAGGCGGCGCGGCUCCAGACCAAUCGCGCUGCUCUCAGGAGCAUGGCACAAAUGCCGAAAACCUGGAUUGACGAUACGGACACCAUGAAUCUGGCUCUUCAGCCUGACCACGACCGCUACGCUGACGAGAAAAGGCCCUCGCACGUGUUAUCACUACCCGCAGCGAGAGUGACCGCUUCCAGCCCGUCUUGCAGACCCUCAUCAUGGUCAUGGUCCAAGCUACGAAACUAUGGCGGCGAUGCACAGACUCGGAACACCGGCGAGAACGUCGGCACCCGACAUUCCGGUCGACCGUACGAGCGGCACGUAAAGUACGAAGGCUUCAACGUUGUUUGCGAAGGGCGAAUGUAUACCGCCCGAACCAGCGAGAUAAUCUAUGUCGACCUCAAACCCCUGUCUGUGCUCUGCAUCUUCUUUUCCGUGGUUUUUGCGUGCACGACGAUCAUCGAUUGGGCCCUCAACUCGUGGGCCAACUACCCGACAAGGAUACGACUCGACGGUUCAGAGAAGGUCCUCUACGCACUUCCGCAGGAACACGAUCAGUCGCAAACACCGACUCAGGCGAGCGAUGAAGACCCCACGAUAGAAGAACAAGUCGGAAUCGUGAAUUCGUGCCAGGAGGCGAAGUGCGAUUCUCAACAAUGA